AUGCCUCUCCGCCUAGCCACGUUCUCGGAUUUGGAUGCCAUCUCCAAGAUCCUGGCCGCCAGUUUUUACAAUGAGGAACUGAACGAUCGCAUCUUUCCCUACCGCAAACAAUUCCCGGACGACUAUGUCUUUGUGUGGAAGCAGAAAGUCAUCAAGAGCUGGUGGGAUUACAACAAAAUAUGGGUCGUCAGUUAUGAUAAGGACCCGGCGCAAAAGUCCGGGGAGGUCAUUACCGGCACUGCGGAAUGGGCUCGUGAGGGCAAAGGGUCAGAUCGACUCUGGGGUCUGGUGAGAUGGUGGGAUCCAAGGAGAUUGGUCUCUCCAUCCAUUGGAAUCUUCUAUACUUUCUACCGCCUUCUCAUCCCCAACCGCGCCGUACCCGUGUCGUCACUCUCCGACCCUAACCCGCUGAACAAAUGGAACUUUGCACGUCGCAUCGAACCGUUUUCAGCUCGGUUCUUCACCGACCCCCCCUCUCGUGCCAACCACUGGGAACUGUCGACGCUGGCCGUCGACCCGGCCUACCAACGCCGGGGCAUUGGCCAGGAACUGGUUGCCUGGGGUCUGGAGCGGGCCAGGCGAGACAGCCUGCCGGCAGUGGUAAUCGGAGCCAAGGGCACGGAGCCGUUCUACCAGCGCUGUGGGUUCCUGCACAUCGUGGGCAACGUGUCGACGGCUGAGAUCGACGAUGAUGAUGACUGCAAAAAGGUCGCCAGGCUGGACAAGACCAAUCCGCUGAAACUGCGAGGCAUCACGGGCGGCUCGGUCCUGUGGACUCACUUGGCGGACGAAGACGGGAAGCAAUGA